GUGGCAGGAGAGGACAACAGGAAGUAAAUGUCCUCUGUUCGUGCUGUCACAGGGACGCUAAAGUGGUUGUUCGUCUGUGGAACAAAACCCGCUAUGUACUGGAUUAUUUUCACCACAGUGUUGAAACUCAGCUUCUCUGUUGGAUGGAGGAACGCGUAACAAACUGACAUCGGCUUAGUUUUGAUGAAAAGUCAACAUUUUACGGCAGUCUGGUUUGAAUGCUAGGUAGCUAACGCCGGGGGCUAUCGUCUAAAAAUGCUAACGUUUAGCUUAGCUUAGCAAGCUAGUACAUUAAAUAUAUCUGAAGACUGCAGUCGUGAAUGAAGAGUGAGGACAUCGCUGGAAUGAGUCAAAAUACUACAAGGUGUCGAGCAGCUUAACCGGCUUUUACAGCAGUUCUGUGUUGCAAUGAGAAACACCAGACUUCAGCUCUGAGUGCUCAGAGGCAUGAACUCAGUUUCCCCCAGCGCAGUACAGUACGUAGGGGGAGUGAUGCAGGACGAGCUGGUGGAGAGCCGGAGGCAGCAGCCCCUGGAGCGGCAGGGCAGCUUUGGUCUCAGGCCGCCACACACUCCAGAGCACGGCAGAGAGGCAACCGGAGAGCCUGACGAGUUGGACAAACUGAAAGCCAAACUGAUGUCAGCAUGGAACAACGUCAAAUAUGGUUGGACUGUUAAGUCUAAAACAUCCUUCAACAAGAUAUCGCCAGUGACCGUCAUGGGACACUCUUAUCUGCUCAACAGUGAAGACGAGGUGGAGCGGUUUCGUCUGGCUUUUGUGUCCAGGAUUUGGCUGACCUACAGGAGGGAGUUCCCUCAGCUUGAUGGCUCCACCUGGACCACAGACUGUGGCUGGGGCUGUAUGCUGCGCAGUGGGCAGAUGCUGCUGGCACAGGGACUCCUGGUCCAUUUGAUGCCCAGAGAUUGGGCUUGGCCAGAUGCUCAGCAGUUAACCGAAGUGGACUUUGAGGUGUUCAGACCGCGUUCCCCAGCCCGGGCUGGUGGGGUCCCCAUUCCCUCCUUUGGCUCUCCACGAGGAUCCAACACCCCCGAAAAGUCCCUGGCGAGUGAUCACGCACCAAAAUGCAGCCAGAAGAAGAGACCUGAGUCCGUCAGGGACAGGCAGGCGGAGCCCGUCCACCGCAAGCUCGUCUCUUGGUUCGGGGAUCAGCCCCCGGCACCUUUUGGGCUUCACCAGCUGGUGGAAAUCGGCAAAAGUUCAGGGAAGAAGGCUGGUGACUGGUAUGGCCCCUCUAUAGUGGCACACAUACUACGGAAAGCAGUAGCCAAAACCUCUGUGCUGCACAACCUGGCUGUAUAUGUGGCUCAGGAUUGUACCGUGUACAAAGAGGACGUGGUCAAUCUAUGUGACCUGUCACUGAGCCAGAGUCCUCCUGAUCCGUCUAGCCAAGCCUGGAAGUCUGUCAUCAUAUUUGUGCCUGUACGGCUCGGAGGGGAGGCCCUCAACCCAUCCUACAUCGAAUGUGUCAAGAACAUCCUAAAGCUGGACUGUUGUAUUGGAAUCAUCGGAGGCAAACCGAAGCAUUCACUUUACUUUGUUGGCUUCCAAGACGAGCAGCUGCUGUAUCUGGACCCUCACUACAGCCAGCCUGUGGUGGAUUUCUCACAAGUCAACUUCUCACUGGAGUCGUUCCACUGUAGCUCUCCCAAGAAGAUGCCCUUCACCCGCAUGGAUCCUAGCUGUACCAUUGGCUUUUAUGCCAAGAACAAGAAGGACUUUGAGUCUCUAUGUUCUGCUGUUAGUGUGGCUCUGUCAUCGUCACAGGAGAAGUAUCCCAUCUUUACCUUCGUAGAGGGCCAGGGUCAGGAUUAUGGGCUUGAGGGUCACAGCAGCAAUAACAGUGGACCUGCAGCCCACAUUCUGCCCCCUGGCAAACUGGGCAGGAGUAACAACAGAAGAAACAGUGAUGAGUUUGUCUUCUUGUAAGGCACCGAGGAGGAUGCUCUCUUCGCUCUCACUGUAGGGGGCAGAAGAGGACUUCUCACUUCCAUUCAAAGGGAAGGACUUGAUUCUGUUGAUGGUGCAGCUGCAAGUUGGACAUAACGCUUUUUGCUUUAUCGCCUGCACUUGUCAACGGAAAUAAAAACUGUCUAGCUUCUGUCAACACAUGUUGUGUGUAUGGAUAUUAUAAGCUAACAAGCACUAAUGAGUGCUGUAUGGAGCAUUAUUUUACUGGGCAAAGGCAUGAUGGAUCAUGGUUGGAAAUGUUUCAAGCACUUGAAGUAUACUUGAUUUUCCUUAUCAGACACCUGAAAACCUCAAAGUCGAGCAUAUAUGAGUAAAAUCAAGCGCUUUAAAGUACUCACAAUAUUCACUACUGUGUUUUCGUCCUGGUCUGUACGGUCUACUACAUGAUAUUUAAUUAGCUCACAUUUAGUGAGGAUGGUGCCUGAUAUUGCUCUUGACUUGUAUGAUUUAUCACCUGCUGAACAUCUCCUCUUUAUUUUUCAUUCUUUAAAAUUAUUUAUAGGGUUUAAGAACGUGUGCUUGAUUGUGAGUGAGAGUGGAGUUAGUGCAGUUUAUUUGUUUGUCUUAAAUAAGUGUACUGAUGUAUUUAGUCAUGUUCAGUUUCACAGAGGUUUCAAAUUCUUCCAAGAGCAUCUGGAACAGAUGUGAAUUAAUUCUAGUGUUGCAGUCUGGCCUGAAUAUCACACAGAUGACGAGGGCCUUGAUCUCCCACAUGCUUUGGCACUUAAUAAUUGAUCUUUAAAAAUAUAAAACACUCCGAGAAAACUAUUCUCCUGAAGAGUAACUGAAGCUCCCAGGGUGGGUGUGAAGAGAAAUGAUCCCCUCAGUUGGAGAGGGAUGUUUAUCUUUACCUGCUUGUCCGUUGAAGCAGGAUUAUAAAGUUACCUGGAUACAUUUGCAAAGUAAAACCCAGAACAGCUCUUUUUACUUAAGUCCACGUUCUGGGUUUUACUUGUCAAAGCUUUUGUUACAAUGUCAUUUGUGUUGAGUUUGUCCCUUUUCUAAGUGAAGGCUACUACUGCGAGUUGCACUACUACUGUUAUUUGGUUUGUUGUCCAGAUUAAACUUCAAACACUGGAAUCACA